UUGGUUGGUCUUUUUCAAUUCUAAUUUCAAAGAUUUUCAAUUCGAAAUUCGACCCUUGAUAAAUAUGCCCUCAGGUGUUAUAGGGCAGCUGCAUAAGAAAUACUGAAUAACAAGGGAGGCUGUCGAACAUAGCCCCCCUUAAUUGUCUAUAAUAUCAGUUUGUUUAGAUUACAGCCUUUCUUGUGCCACUGCAAUUUAUUUACACAUAUUAUGUCUGUGAUAUAAAACAUUUAUGGGCUCUAAAACGUCACAAAUACAAUCAUACAGCAAUUAGUGCCGAAUUCCAAACACAGGUACCAAAGUGCCCAAGGACUUUCAUCAAUAACAACUUUACUUUCAUUUUGUAACUUGUAGUUGGCGGCUCAGAAUGAAUAUUGCUAUAUUGAAUAUAUUGAAUAUGGCAGUCACCAAUUUACGAGGAGACUUGAAGAAUAACUGGAGACAAUUUGCAUUUUUAACAAAUGUUUCAUCAGCUGUGUUUAUAUUGACAAAAAAUCUAUCUGAGAAGGAAUAUGAAUCACUUUUGUCAUGUAAAGAUGACAAAACACAUUACUAUUUUAUUAUUGACAUAAGCAGUGAAGACAAGCAGGCAAAUAAGAAAACAAUAGAGAUAGUGAAGAAAAUGUCUGAGGAACCUAAAGUUCACUUUUUGAAAACCAGUAUUAGAAAUGUAACAGAAUUAGUCAGGCAAAUACGGCAAAUAUUUGUUAAAUUUUAUGAGACUCCUGUAAGCAUUCAAGAUUUGGCUACUGCAGUCUCUAAACAUGGCAUCCAAGUAGAUGAGAAUUCUCUGGACUGUCAGAAAGCCAAAACAAAAGCCAUUUCAAUCACAAGUGAAAUAAAAAACGUAUCAGAAUUUAAGGGAAAAGCAAUGUAUCUCCAGGGAAAUCUGUGGAAAGAUUUAUCCAAAAUAGAAAAAGAGUUGUGUAGAAUGAAGAACCAAGGAAGCACUAACAUUAAUACUUAUAAAAGGGGACUGUUAAGAAAAUGUUUUGAUCUACACAGGACACAAUACCAAUGUGAGCUACCUCGUAGCAUAAGAAACUAUAUGAACUGUUUAAUGAUAAUGAACACAGUGGAAAGGGAAUAUUUUAUAAGAUGGAUGAAGUUUUACUUGGAGAUAAUAACAAGAAAUAGUCUGUCAGUAUUACAGGCUGAACACAACGAGAAGUUCAAUGAAUUGUCAAAAAAUCCAGAUGAAUUGAAUCAAUUAUACUAUAAAAUGUCUGACAGCUCUUUAGGGGUUGAUCACUUUCUCCGUGAGUUGGGCCAGUACUAUGAAGCAGAAUGUUGCAUGGUUGAUGGAAACCAAAUAAAAUCAAAUGAAAGGCAGUUCAGUAAACUACCAGGAGUAGCAGCUGAUCUCUUGUUGGAUGGCUUCCCAUUAGAACUGAUAGAUGGAGAUGCCUCCAACAUCCCUCUAAAAUGGAUAACAGAUGUUCUAAAAGAGCUAAACAAAAAGACAGAGGGAAGAUGCAGAAUGAGAGUGAUCACAGUGCUGGGAGUGCAGAGCACAGGCAAGUCCACUCUUCUGAACACCAUGUUUGGCUUGCAGUUCCCUGUGGCCAGUGGACGUUGCACACGAGGAGCCUUCAUUACUUUGAUAAAAGUGAAAGAAAACUUGCAAAAAAAACUGGGUUGUGAGUUUAUUCUGGUGAUUGACACUGAAGGUUUAAAGGCUCCCGAAAUGGCUUCUUUAGAGGACAGCUAUGAACAUGACAAUGAGCUGGCAACUCUAGUAGUUGGAUUGAGUGAUAUAACCAUAGUUAACCUGGCCAUGGAAAACAUCACAGAAAUGAAAGACAUUUUGCAGAUAGUAGUCCAUGCAUUUCUUAGAAUGAAAGAAGUUGGAAGGAAACGCAACUGCUUCCUUGUGCAUCAGAAUGUGAAUGAUGUGUCUGCUUUUCUGAAUAACAGAAUAACUAGGAACAAACUUUUAAAUGAAUUAAAUGACAUGACAUGCAUUGCAGCAAAAAUGGAGAAAAUAAAUCUGUCUUUGAAUUUUACUGAUAUUAUUACUUAUCAUCCUGACAAGCACAGCUGGUACAUCCCCGGGCUUUGGCAUGGUGUCCCGCCAAUGGCCCCAAUAAACUCUGGGUAUAGUGAAAAUAUUUUCAAGCUGAAAAAAAGCUUGAUUGAAUUAAUGAAAGAAAGCGGGUGCCCACCUCCUCAGAAUAUUGACUCUUUCAUUGAAUGGAUACAAAGUUUGUGGAAAGCUGUGAAAUAUGAGACAUUAAUUUUCAAUUUCAGAAAUAUCCUAGUUGCUGAAGCCUAUGAGCAAUUGUCUACGAAAUAUUCAGAAUUAGAAUGGAAUUUCCGCAAAAGGGUUUAUUCAUGGGUAACAGAACAAGAAAAUGUGAUAAAAAACCAACCACAAAGUAAACUAGAAUCCAUCAUGGCAGAAAUUCUAAAUAAUGAAACAAGUAAGCUAUUGGACAGACAAGAGGCCCACAUGACAGAACAGUUGAAAUAUUUUUUAGAGACAGGAAAUAAUAGAAUGUACCUUGCAGAAAGAUACAGAGCAGACUUCUUGAGCUAUGUCAAAUGUCUCAGAAAGAACCUGGAAAUUAUUAUAUCCAACAAGUGUUGGGAAGCUGUUCGAAUUCAUAGUGGGAAGCAGGAAGUUCAAAAAAUUCAGGAGUGUUGCCAGAAAUUUCUUGAAGAGAAAGUCAACCUUCAUAUGAAAAGCCAAAACUUAAAAUUACAUGACUUGAGUGACUCAGAAUUAAAGAAAGAGUUUGAGUCCAUGUGGGAUCAAAUUUUGUCAGAGUUACAGGUGGGUCGCUUAAAGAAACAAAGAGUUGACUUCGAAAUUUUAGAGCAACUUACAAAGGAAAUGAAAAACAAAGAUGGCGCUGUUCAGGAGAAACUUCAGAGUAUAAAAUCCCUAAAAGAUUAUGGACAGAAUCUUUUUGAGAUGAAUAAGAGCUAUGUUACCAUUCCUUGGUACUCGCCAAAAGGAGUCAUUGAAAAAAUCAACAAGGGCUGCUAUAAGAAGCUAAGUAAUAUUGCAAAGUCAUUAGAAUACAAUUGUCAAAGCUACGUGACAGAUAUCAUUAACACAGGAGAGGAUUACAAUGAAACAUACUGCCAGGAGCUGCUAAACAUGAUUAAUUACAAACUGAACGAUGAGGAAGUAAGAAAGCUUUACCCCAAUGUGUUGUUUGAGGUUGAUCUGAAGUUACACAUUUUAGGAAGAGCAGCCCCUCAGUUUCAGAAGAUGCAUGAUGACUUUGGAAUGAAUAAUGACCCCAAACUUCUCAUGAACAGGCUAAAGCCUCAAUAUUUCUCAAUAUUUAAGGAUAAAUUACAUCAGAAAGAUGAAUCUAAAGUCAGAGCUCAAGCUUUCUGUCAACAAUGCCUCAAGCCGUCGAUCUGUAACUACAUUUUCAAUCAACUCGGUAAAGAAAUAAUGGAUGACAUUCUGAACAAUUCUUUAACCAUCAGGUUCAACAGCCAGAAUCAUUUCCAUUUCAGUCUCCUGAAAGAACUGCUUGAAACAAACAGAUUUGAGCAAUAUUCAGAAUAUAUAGUCCACUACGAGUCAUAUGUGAAAAAGUGGAUCAUGAAGUACAUUGAAAAGAAAUAUAAAAAUUCUAAGCGGUUGGAUCAGUUGGUUAAAAAAAUUCUUUCAUCCAUCAUUAAUAAAAUACAGUCAGCUCUCAGAGACAAAAAUGUGCAAAUGAGUCAAAGUAUCACAGAAUUUUUCGAAAUGUUUCGUACAAUUCUAAACAAACACUUGGUGAUUUCAAAGAAUGCCGUGAAAGUCAUAAUUUUUCAAAACACAGCUGAUAUCAGGCUGUUUUCACACAACAUUGAUGUUCUUCUCGCCGAAAUGCAAGAACAAAUCAGAUUAGAAAUGAAGUCACUAAGCAUUGAAGUUUUACUUUCUCAACUUUUGGUAAAACCUCAUAUUGAAUUAUUCAAGAAAGUAAUUGGAUGUGGGAAGAAGUGCCCAUUUUGUAAUGUCCCUUGUGAAGCUGGAGGAGAUGCCCAUCAAGAACACUUUGCAUCUGCUCACCGGCCCAAGGGUUUAGCUGAAUACACAUUUUCAGAUAAUGCUCUUUCUAAGACAAUAUGUUCCACUGCUAUCCUAUCUAAUGGCAAAUUCAGGAAUCCAGACACAGAAGGAAAAUGGCAUCCAUAUAGAGAUUAUAGAACUGUCUAUCCCCAGUGGAUCAUACUGCCAGAGAGAAGCAUAACAUUUUCACUUUAUUGGAAGUUCGUCCUUGCGCAAUUCAAUUAUGACUUUGCAAAACUCUACCAAGCAAAUCCAGCAGAAAUCCCCGAAGAAUGGUUAACAAUAACAAAGGAACAAGCUCUUGGUAGUUUAAAAGAAAUGUACAACAUAAAAUGAAUAACAACUAAAUAAGUUAAUGACCAUGUUCCUGGGUAAGAACCAGGAGUACAUUGUUUAUUUUGUAUUAAGUUUUUUAUUGACUUAAAACUGCCUACUGCCAGUUCACUGUUUUACUAUGGCAUUUGGUGGUGUCAUUCAAACAGUUAAAGGAACAGUAACAUCAAAAAAUGAAAGUAAUAGUAAUAAAACUAUAAUGUAGUG